UUGAACUGCAGGCAGCGCUUCUGUGAACUACUUCCUUAAACUGGUGGAAGCGAAGUUUUUCAGCAUUAUUUUGGAAUCAAUUUUAACAAAACGACAAGUCUGUUAGAGAUCCUGAAACCAUGAACAUCUGUUUUUGCUUGUUCAGUUUGUGUGUGGGACUUUUAACCCCCUGCCUCUGCUUUGUGGAAUACAAGAAGAUGGGGUGUGAGGUUAAAGAUCAGAGUGCAGACUGUAGUCACCUGAAGCUCAAGGAAGUUCCUUCAUAUCUUCCUGACAAUAUAACCACCUUGGACCUGUCACAUAACCAGCUGAAGGAGUUGCCCACUUCUAUUAUGUCACAAUACAAGCAGCUUGUUUAUCUUAAUGCAGGGUUUAACUCAAUCAAGAAAAUACAAGGCUUGUGCCAGCCAAUGCCACUCCUCCGGGAAUUGAAAUUGGAGCACAAUGAAGUGUACGAGUUGUCUGAGAAAGAUUUUGCUUACUGCUCUAACCUCAGUGAACUGAACCUAUCAUCCAACAAGAUUAAACUCAAAGGAGAUCCUUUUGGAAGCCUAGAGAAUUUGAGAAAAUUGGACGUGUCUCGCAAUGACCUGACAACCGCUAACCUGGGAACCCAUACGCAACUGCAGAAUCUUCAGGAACUUAUCCUGUCAGGAAAUAAAAUAUCUGUGCUUAAGAAAGAUGAGUUUUCCUGUCUGAGCAACACCUCACUGAAACUGCUGGAACUGUCUUCCCUUCCACUGAAACAGUUUGAGCCGGGAUGCUUCCGCUCCAUUAGGCAACUGCAUGGACUAGUAAUGGAUCACACCAAACUUGAUUCUGUUUUAACAGAGAAACUCUGUAAUGAGCUGUCAGGAACUGCUCUCCGUAACCUUUCAUUGCAGGGCACACGUCUUUCAAAAAUACUUAACAGCACCUUUAAAGGGCUUAAAGCAACUAACCUUACGGCUCUGGAUCUUUCCAAAAAUGGAUUGUCUACUAUAAACGAUGGUUCAUUUCAGUGGCUUCAGAAAUUAGAAUAUUUAUCCCUUGAGGAGAACAGCAUUGCACAUUUAACCAAAAACACAUUUUCAAACUUGUCAACCCUAAAUUUCUUAAAUCUUAAGAAAUCCCUGACAAAACAUAAAAAAACACCCAUACUCGAUGAUUUCUCCUUUCAGUGGUUUAUAAACCUGGAACAUCUGCUAAUGGAUGGAAACGUUUUCAGAGGCAUUACAGAGGAAACUUUCUCUGGUUUAAAAAGCCUUAAAUAUUUGAGUUUGAGCAGCUGUUCCAUGAAUUUAAAAACCAUUACCAAUAAAACACUCUUCUCUCUGGCCCAGUCACCUCUCGUGUUCCUUAACCUGACAGGAAUUGGAAUCUCAAAACUGGAGAAUGGAGCUUUCACAUGGUUCAGAAAUCUAAGUAAGCUAUACCUGGGUCAUAAUGCGAUCAUUCAGACUUUAACUGGAGAAGAAUUUAGAGGGCUUAGCAGUAUUGAGGAGAUUUUCCUGUCUUACAACCAAAAAAUCACCUUGUCAUCUUCAUCUUUUAUCCAUACCCCUACUCUAAGAACUCUAAUGCUUGGACGCACACUGUCUGGAACUCUGGAUUUGAGUCCUUCUCCGUUUCAGCCCCUCCAGAACCUUACAGUGCUUGACCUCAGCAACAACAACAUAGCUAACAUUAAUGAGGCUCUGUUCAGUGGACUCCAGCACUUGAAAAUCUUGAAGCUGCAGCACAAUAACUUAGCCCGCCUUUGGAAAAAUGGUAACCCUGGGGGUCCACUGCUAUUCCUCAAGGGUUUGGCUAACCUUCAGAUACUUCAACUGGACUCUAAUGGUUUAGAUGAGAUCCCUGUUGAUGCAUUCAGAGGACUCUUUAAGCUGGUUCAACUUGAUUUAGGUCCAAAUAACCUCAAUGUUCUUCUAAAGUUCACUUUUGAUGACCUAAAGUCUCUACGGGUGCUUAACCUUCAAAAAAAUCUCAUUACGUCAGUGGAAAACAAUGUGUUUGAGACAGUCUUCAAAAACUUGCAGACACUGUAUUUGGAGAAGAAUCCUUUCGACUGUACAUGUGAAAGUAUGUUUUGGUUUGUGAAUUGGCUAAAUAAGACCAAUACAAGUGUUCCCAGAUUGAAUUCACAAUAUAUUUGUAACACCCCACCUUCGUUCUUCAACUCCUCUGUCCGCCUGUUUGACACAUCCGCCUGUAAGGACCUUGCACCAUUUAAAAGUCUGUUUAUAUUCAGUGCUAGCUUUUUACUUGUAUUUCUGGUUUGUGUCAUUUUCAUUCGUUUCCAAGGAUGGAGAAUAGAGUUCUUUUGGAAUGUGUUUGUGAAUCGUGUCCUUGGAUACACAGAAGUCGAUAUAGGGGAAAAUAGAUUUGAAUAUGAUGCAUACAUAAUUUAUGCUCGUAAAGAUAUGGAUUGGAUAGAAAGGAACUUCAUGCCAUUGGAAAAUAAUGACCAGGCAGUUUAUCGUUUUUGCUUUGAUGACCGGGACUUUGUAGCUGGUACAUCAGAAUUGGAUGCUGUUGUCAGGAGUAUGAGCAGGAGCAGAAAAAUAAUAUUUGUUGUAACUGAAGCUCUGUUAAAGGAUCCUUGGUGCAGCAGGUUCAAGGUGCACCAUGCGAUACAUCAAGCCAUUGAACAGAGCCGGGACUCCAUUGUUUUAAUCUUUCUAGAGGACAUCCCAGAUUACAAAUUAUACCAAUCCCUUUUCCUUCGGAGAGGAAUGAUCAAAUCAUGCUGUAUUUUGCACUGGCCAGUGCAGAGGGAUCGUGUAAAAGCCUUUCGUCAGAAAAUGAAGGUGGCGCUGGGUUCAAGUAACAGAAUGCAACAGUAAUAUUUUCACGCUGCCUUCCAAAAAAAUGUUUCUCAGUUUGACAGUUUUAAUUCAGUAAAAUAUGUACAUUCAAGUUUAGUUCUGCAUUUGGCAUUUCAAAAAUCUUAUCCUUGGUGUAAUAGGUUUUAGUAUAAAGACCAUCGGAGGAGUUUUUUUUGUUGAUAGUUUGAUCCAGGAUCUUGUACUCUGCAACUUUAAUCAUUGGUUUGUGGUGCGAAGAGCAAGGGAAAGAUAAAUAACUUUAGUUAACAGA